CAACUCCUCGUUAACCGCACCUUUCUUGCACAACUUGGCCUGCAUCAGAGUAACCCUCAGCAACAUGGUUCAUCGACUCUCCUUGCGUGGGAUCGCAUCCCGCCUCAUUCUGCUACUGUCUAGCAUGCCCGUCACGAGCGGUGCCGCCGUGGCCGAAAAGCCGGUCGAGAUGGAUGUCGUCGUCGUGGGCGGGGGCUUCUCAGGUCUCAUGUCCGGCUAUGAACUCCAGCAGGCCGGGCUCAAGGCCGUCGUGCUAGAGGCCAAGGACACCAUCGGCGGCAGGUCUCGGUCGGUCAAGCGCAAGAGCGGUCCAGGCAUCAUCGAGCUCGGUGCCACCUGGAUCAACAAUCACACGCAAAAGGAGGUGUACGCUCUCACGCAGAAGUUCGGACUCGACACGGCUGUGCAGUACUUGCAAGGAAACUCGGUCGUGCAAGGGCCGGAUGGGAAGAUCAUCCAGGUGUCAUUGGGGGGCCCAAACACCGACAACCCAGAGCUACAAGAGCUGGAAAAAGUGUUUUUCGGCCUCCUAAUCACGACCGAACACGACAUCGAUAUCCGCAACUUUGACAAGUUCCCGGUGGACCAAGAUGUCAGCGUCACCGACUGGGUCGCUCAGAAGGGACUUGGCGGUAUUGAGCAUGUGCAGGGGCUUACCAAGAGACUUGUCACCUCCACCGUUGGGCGGGAACCAGAGGAAGUUGGAGCGCAUUACUUCUUGGACUACGUCAAAUCUGGGCAUGGCCUCAUCAGUCUCAGCACAGAUGACGAGAAAGGCGCCCAGUACCUCAAGGUCAAGCAGGGAACCACGGCCAUAGCGACGGGUCUAGCCGACGCCAUGACACCAGGGAGCGUGCUUGUCAACAGCCCAGUGACGAGCGUAAAGCACACUUGCGACGGCGCGCUGGUCACCACCGGCAAGGGCAAGCAGUUCAAGGCCAAGCGCGUGAUCUUUGCCAUCCCGACCAACACCUACGCCGACAUCGACAUCAAGCCGGCGCUGCCCGCCGAAAAGCAGGAGCUCUUCUCCAGCGCCAAGCCGGGCGUCUACGCCAAGCUGAUCCUGUCGUACCGCGAGCCCUGGUGGCGCAACGCGCAGCUGGACGGCAAGUUCAGCUCCGUCAACGGGCCCGUCUGCUUCAGCUGGGACACUUCGGACCCGUCGCUGGACCAGUACAGCCUCGCCGUCUUCGUGGCUGCCGACGCGGCGGCUCGGUGGCACGCGCUGCCCGACAAGGAGCGGCGGGCGGCCGUGGUCGAGCACCUGGCGAUGCUAGCGGGGGCGGUGGACUCGAAGCUGGCGGACAAGGCGCGCGACACGCUCGAGAUCAACUACGUCGAGUGGACCAAGGAGUCGCACAUCUGGGGGGCGCCCACCAACUCGAUGGGGCCGGGGAUGCUGCGCAAGUACGGCGAGACAUUGCGCAGGCCAGUCGGGGUGCUGCACUUUGGCGGGGGCGAUACGGCGUAUGAGUGGAAGGGGUACCUGGAGGGCGCCGUCUUGGCCGGAUCCCGGGCUGCGGAGGAGGUGGCUUCGGUGUUGGCUGGGAGGGGUUAGUGAGGGCGCAAGUGUUGGGGUUACAAGGCCUAGGCACAGAAGGCCUGCAUAUCGACUACACAAAUGCACUUGCCAAGCCCGAACCUGCAGCUUGCAGGCCAGGAUCGCGCUAGCAAACGGGCGGGGUUAGGUGGCGUGACGCGUGGUGUAGUUGUGGUGGGAACCUAUUAGCGUCCAAAUAGCGGUAUGAUGAAGGCAUAUCCUGAUUAGACAGGGCCCCAGUGAAGCCC